CAACAUCACCUGGCAAACCUACUCUUAUGUAAUGUGGAAUUUUCUAACGAUGAUGAGACAGCUCUGUUACACCUGACAAUGUGUACAAGGGUUAAAAAAAGGUCCUUUGUAAAGAGGUGUCAUUAUUCAUAAGAGGUUCUUCUGAAUAGCUGUGUUGCGGGGCGUAUGUCUCUCUUCUCUCAAGAUGGCAGCUACAGUCGACCUCUUCCCGACCUUUGCAGCGGUGGCUGGAGCUCCUCUGCCUCCUCAAGUGACUCUGGACGGCCUCGACAUAUCUCCCCUGCUCUUCCAGAACCAGCCUAGCCCCAGGGAUACGUACUUCUUCUUUUCUGACAAUGUUAAGCCGUCACUGGGUGUGUCUGCCGUUCGUUGGAACCAGUACAAGGCUCAUUACAACUCCCACGGUGGUCUUUGUCCUGAUACCUACCCUGACGAGGUCUGUCGUGGCAACUUCAGUCUCCAUAGUUACGACCCUCCCCUCCUCUACGACGUGAACUCUGACCCCGGGGAGAUCUACCAGCUGGACCCGACUCUCUAUGCCAACGUUCUCUCCCAGAUUGAAAAGGUGAAGGAAGCGUUUGAGUCAUCGCUGGUGUGGGGAGAGAGUCAGAUGGACAGAGGGACCGACAAUUCCCUCCAGCCCUGUGCCAACAGGACGUGUGUCCCGACCCUUGCCGCGUGGCCCGGCUGUUGCAGGACCGCUACCUCCACUGAGCGGGGACCACUGCGACUGGUUGACUCCUCCCCCCUCAUUCCCUGACUCACCUCCUGACGCUAUUUACACUAAUUGAUUACUGGACCCCGCCUCCUCCCUAUAUAAUUAUAUUACUCCCUCUAUUCAUGAACCUCAUGAACCGUGGCACACUCAAACUUGAAGAGAAAAGAGUAGUGAUUACAACACACAUUUGACAAUAUUAUUGUGUCCAAGCUGCUACGUUACUUGACGUUUGUCCUCUGAAUCUUCCAAAAUCUGAUGCAUGAGUGUGGGCUGGACCACUGGAACGGAAUGGGGACUGGCCGAUUCGCCCUCGGAAUAGGACCGCAACCGCUCGGUACGGGGACUCGGUUCCAUGGCUUCGCAGUGGGUGUGGCUAUGCUCCUCGUCUCCGUCCCAGUGGUGGUGCAUGUCCCACGGCACGCUCUCCAUCCUCAUC